AUGCACAUGACUCUAACACUACAUAACAUACCUCUGUUUCUUGUUCUUAGCAGAGUCAUUUGGUGUUACAUUCAUCAUCAAGGGUACCUAGCUUCAUGGAUGAUCAAGGCAUUACUUGAAGAUGGAUAUUCUGUUAAUGCCACAUGGAAAUCUCCAGGCUCAAUGGAAGAUGUCAGUGGUAUCAUGGCCCUACCAGGAGCAUCAAAGAGGCUCAAACUUUUCAACGCGGAUCUGAGCAAACCAGAGACAUUUAAGGCACCAAUAAAAGGCUGCAUUGGGGUGUUUCAUGUUGCACAUCCGAUUGAUGUUCUUGGAAAAGAAUCCGAACAAGUGCUGACUGAAAGAGCCAUGAAGGGUAGUUUGGGUAUUUUACAAGAAUGCAUCGACUCAAAGACAGUAAAGAAACUUAUAUACACAUCUAGUGCAUCUACCGUUGUGUUUAAUGAGAAACGAUUGAACAAUGAGAUCUUAGAUGAGGAAUCAUGGAGUGAUGUUGAUGCAAUUCGCGCUAAUGAUAAGCAAUUUGGUGUUUCAUAUUUCAUUUCCAAGACAUUGACUGAAAAAGCGACCUUAGAGUUCGCGGACAGAAAAGGUUUCAAUGUUGUGACUGUGCUUCCGACAAAUAUUCAUGGUCCAUUUGUUGGCGCUUCUUGCCCACGCGCGGUGCGUGGCUCAAUGGCUUUGAUAUUUGGUGACAUUGGCAAACCUCGGUUGCUUGUGAAAACGCCUUUCGUGCAUAUUGAUGAUGUCGCCAGGGCACACAUUCAUCUCCUUGAGUACCCGAAAGCAAAAGGGAGGUAUAUUUGUUCCAAAGUCGCAGUCACUAUCGAUGAAUUCUACAAAAUAUUAUCAGAAAGAUAUCCGGAAUAUAAAAUGUCAAAUAUCAACUCUUUAAGGGCUGCCGAGAAGAUAAACAUGGCUGACGUCUCAUCAAGAAAACUCUUGGGCACGGAUUCCGGUUCAAGUAUGGACUUGAAGAAAUGUUUGAUGAUGCAAUUGAUUGUUGCAAAAGAAACAAUAUAUUAUAGAUUGCAAUAA